GGAUCAAAGCUUAGCUGAGCUUCGUCUGUCUGUGUUGGAUAUACCGAAGGUUCGUUCACUCGCUUUUUUGGACGGACGCACGGAAGGACACUUGCCGCGUGUGAAAAUACCGCUUCUUUUCUGGAUUAUAUUCAUUCUUGAUGUUUUGCUAUUCCACCCCGAUGAGGAGAAAUGGGUAAACUUCAUUCGAAACAUGCUGCUAUUUGUAAACCACGGGAAAGCCCUGAAGGCGACAGUUUUGUAGUAAACGCCUGCUUGGCGAGGAAAGGGCUCGACGACUGGCUGGUUAAACAGAAGUAUUACUGCACAGGCUCUCGCCUCGAGCAACAGGACUGCCAUCAAAAAAGUACCUGCGGACUGUCUGCAAGGGACCCAUUGGAAGAGGCUUGUGCUGAGGGUAUUAGUGAUGAGCACUAUCGCUUAGAAGUCGCCCUGCCUCCUGAGAAGAUUGACAGCUGCAGUGGCGAAGAGAAGAUGCAGGAGAGAGAGAGCUCAGCCCCCGCAGGCCCCCAUAAGCAGCUACAGUUUGAGGAGCUGGAGUGUGCUGUUUCAGUCGAGGAGGAUAACAGGCAGGAGUGGACGUUUACUCUGUAUGACUUUGACAACAACGGCAAGGUCACGAGAGAGGACAUCACCAGUUUGCUGCACACUAUCUACGAGGUGGUGGACGCCUCAGUGAACCACUCGCCCAGCAGCAGCAAAACACUGCGGGUGAAGCUGUCCGUCGCACCCGACGCCAGCCAGCGAUGGAAGAACUGCACACAGACCAGUACAGUCACGCCACACCCCAGACUCAAGGGAGAGAAGUGCUUUGAGGAGCCCAAGAGCUCGGAAAAGAAGUCCAGAGCCAUUCUGAGACGUCAUCAUAGUGACCACCACACACAGCAAGGCUGCCAGAGGCACUGUGUGGACGAAAACCUGGAGAGGAGGAACCAUUACCUGGACCUGGCCGGCAUCGAGAACUACACCUCACGCUUCGGAACAGUCGCCCCCACCGCUGAGCCGCCUAAACCCGACCAGCCCGGCGCCCGCUCGGCCAAUCAGAUGCGCUCCCGCUCCCAUGAGCCCGAGAACGGCCAUGUCUACCCAUCCUCCUCCUCCCACCACCACCGCCGCUCGCACACCAUCUCCACAGAAACUCCAGCCGUGCAGGACAGCCUGUGCCUCCGCCCUCGAGCCCUGGACUCCUCCCGGCACACGCACGGCUUCCGCUCACCCAAAGCCCACCAUCGCACUCCCCCAGCUCACGCUUCCUCCAACAGGGUGAUGAAGAGGGGCGCCCCACCUCCUGCUGCUCUGCCUAUUCAGGCCGGAUCUCACCAGAGCUCAGGACCCUACCGGCGGCACAAGCAGCGGCCCAAAGAUGGCGCUCCGCCUUCCAGAGCGCUGGGGCCGGCCGUGACCACCGGACCUGUGGUAGAGAAGGAGCAGGUGAGGGAUCUGCCCAGCAUGGUGCUGUACGAAGGAGGUCUGGCACAGGUGGUGCAGCGGCACGAGCACCAUCACCAUCAUGAGCACCAUUACCAUUAUCACCACUUUUACCAGUCCUGAGGACCACUGAGCACCACUGGUGGCCAAAAAAAGCAAAAAGCAGCCCAGAACGACCACCAAGACUCUGAAUGAAGGAACAAGUGAAGGAACUUAACACUUACAGUGAACCUGGGUGGAAUAAUAUCAUGGCUGAGCCGAGACUGAUAGACUCAUAAACUGAUAAACAGUGAACACCAUGUUAAAGUGGCCAACCAUGCUUUAAAAAAAAAAUUAAAACAUAUGUGUAAGUUCUGGACAGAUAAACCCAGCUCGGAAAGGGCUAGACCUUUUUUAUUUUUUUUUCUCAAACCUUGCCCUUCUUGCCCUCCCUGUCCUUCUUGCUGCCCCCUCUAUCUUCGUGUAUGUGAAGCUGAAGCCCCUAAAAAAGGGCCACAACUGUUAUGAUAUGAUAUGAAGGAUUGUGAAGGACUAUGAAGGAAAGGGAGAUGUAUUAUACAAUCCUCCUAUUUUGUAUGAAUGUUUUUUAGCACAUGUGAAAAGUUUGGGCACACCCGAUUGAAUGUAUUCUGUCUGAAUUUCGAAGAACAGGUUUAGGAUUAGUUUAGCACAUUUUUUUUUUGUGCUUACUGAGUAGAUCAGUUAUUUAGAAGUUAUUUAAUAAUAGAUUGAUGAUAGUAUUGUAAAUCUCUAUUUUUUUAUUCUAAUUUGUAGCCUAUGUCCUGAUUAUAUAAAUAUAAUUAAAUAAAUAUUAAAUAUUCCAAACUUUUUGAUGUAGCAAAAACCACUACAAACAGUGGUCAUGCUUCCUAAACAGGAGUUUUUCACAGGUCUUGCAUUGUAAAAUAAACCUAAGGCAACCUGAGGCUAGGGCUGCAACUUAUGAUUAUUUUGGUAGUCAACUAAUCUAAUGAUUAUUCAACGAUGCCAUGUCCUCCAUCUCUAUGAUAGAAUGAUAAGACGAUAGAAACAGCUGAAUAUGAGAUUUAAAAGGCAUUUAAAUGUCUAUAUGUUGUUUAAAAGUGAAAAUUACUGAUAUUUAGUGAGUAAAUAUGUAAUCUGUUGUGUUUGGGCACUUUUGAAGUGAGCCAUUUACCCAUCUCCCAUUGCACUUCUGUCCCCAUCACCUUGUGUAAUGUGGUACUGUUACAAUUUAAAAAAUAGUCGACAAUGAAAUUUGUAGUCGACAAAUUUAAAUAAUCAACACUGCCGAUUAUAUCGACACAUAUCGACUCAUCGUUGCAGCCCAACCUGAGGCAAUGCUUGGCUAGCUUUAGCUAACUUUACAUAGUUUUCCACUGGUCAAGGAACGUAAAACAUCGUAAAAUUGUCACAAAUUGUCACUUGCCGGUGUUGUGCCGAAUUCAAAACCCCCGCCAUGAAAAGAACCCUCUCUCGGGAGUGCGUCUUGUAGAUAAAAGCGAAAAUAAUCUGCUUUAUCUUAACUUCACGGUUACAUACAUCGCAGCAUAGCACUCGUUCACGAGAGGGGGUGAUUUUCCUGAUGGGGUGCUCAAUUCGGCUCAACCCCAUCAUGUUUGAUUACAGGAACGUCACAUGACACCACUGACAUCAUCUUGUUCCGUGCACUGUCUUCACUCUGAGAGAGAGAGAGAAAAAAAAAAGUGAAGUGAUAGCUGUUGGAAGGACAGGAAACCAAAACCUUUACUGUGGUGGCAAGGAUAGCUUAGCUUAGCAUAGCCUAGCUAGCUUAGCAUCGUCAGCAGGUUACUAGAUGUGCCUUUUAACUGAUUUAUCUUUAUCAUUUUGCUCAUAUCUAGAGCAAAUUACGAAAAAUGCUUAUUUUUCCCUUAGGAAAUAUCCCUAAACAGCGGAAAUAGGUUAGAAAAUGAUGAGAAAAUGAUGACUACAUGAUACUAUCAUCAACCUGUGAAAGCAGACUACAGUGUGACUUGCACUUUUAUCUCAGGCUUAUAUUUCACACGUAUUUCAUUGUAUGUUCAGUAUUAUGUUUUAUUAAAAUGUGGGACAAUAAAAAAACUAGACAAACCGGUACCACUUUAAAAUAAGACUACCCUUAUAAAGAGUUUAUAAAUGGUUUAUAAAUUAGAUUAUUAAUUAUUAAUGAUUAGGCCUUGAUUAGUAAAUGCCUUGAAAACCUCUGAUAAGCAGUUACAACACACCAAUUGAAAAGGCGUCAGUGAUCCGUUGUUUACUUAGUAAUUUAAUUCAACUUAGUCAUAUAAUUGAUAGUAAAUAGUUAAACAUAAUUACAAAUAUAUUAACACAACUGGUUUAAAUGCUGAUUGAUGGAAAAAACACAAAGUAAGAUCAGGAUCUAGAAAGAUCUGAUAUUUUACAGUAUAAAUGAGUGUGGAAUCACUAUUUUGCAAAUCAGCUCACUGUCGACAUUUGUAUUUGUGUUGUUAUAUAUUUAUUAAAUGCUUAUUAAUAGGUUUUAGAGUAUUUGCAUCCUAAUUUAUAAAUAUUAAUAAACCCAUUAUGAAGGUAGUCUUAUUUUAAAGUGGUACCGACAAACCCAACUAUUAAAUGGUGUGUCCAAACUUUUAACCGCUGCUGUGUGUAUGUGUGUGUGUGUGUGUGUGUGUUUCCCGAUUGCCUAAAGUGUCUUUGUUGACACCAGCCCUGUGUUUAUUGCCACUUGAUAACCACUUGAAAAGCACUUCUGGUGCGGCUUCCAUUCGGAACACUUAGCCAAUGGACAAACGGAUCAGACCCAGUUCUCAGACCCUUCAUGCAAUACCGGACUCGGCUUCAGAGACAAACAAACAAACAAAUAAACAAACAAACAAAUAAACAAACAGGAG